UAAAAGUGUGGAGUGCGGCUCCUCUACAGUCCAUCAUCAAUUCAAAAGACCAGCAUCUCUAGAUCUAGCAUCUACAAUCACCAUAGUCUCCAAUCAUCAGCCUUCUUACUAUCAUAUCUGAACCAACAAACUUCUCUUUCAAGUCAAUCAUACCAGAAAUGGCGUUCGUACUUACACCUACCUUUGCACCCGCCUACCAGACACACCAGUACAGCCCUCUCGGCUUCUGCAGUCCAACAGCACGGUCACCAUAUGGCUGCCGAGUUGCCCGUCCUCAACCUCGCCGCUCACAAUACUUGCCAUACGGUAACUUCUUCAGCCAAGUCAAUGACUUGUUGAGCGAGAUUGACCGCGAAGCACAACGCCAGGCACAGCUCGAGGCUCAUCGCGAGGCACAACGUGAAGCCCACCGCCAAAGGCAACUUCAACGAAAGCGCGCACUUCGCGCCAAGUUCGACGUCAAGCCCAUUGAGCAAGGCUGGUCGGUAGAGGGAGACAUCCAGGGCUUUGGCCCAGAAAACAUCUCCAUCGAAGUUACCGACGAACACACUUUGAAGAUUGCCGGAAACACUCACUGGGAACUGGAAAAGGCACAGUCCGAGCCAGCACUACCUCAGAUCGAAGACAAGGCCGAACCCGCAUCUGCACCUGCCAUCGAGCAACCCGCCGAACAGACGUCUGAAGUAUCACAUACUGAGGAAAUCGAUGCUACCUCGGAAGCUGAGAGCACAACAGCCGGUGUCGCCACACCAGACAGCGACACCCAAUCUCACAAGUCUUAUCAACCUACCGUCGAGGACGACUAUGAAGACCUCGGUGACGAACUCUCAUCUUCAUCCCGCCCCUCAACCCCUGUUGAGCCAAAGGAGCCAAAAGGCAAAGAAAAGGCCGUCGAAGAGUCUGCUCCUACCGAAUCCGCAGUAGUCACCCAGCCCCAACCCGAGGCUCCAGUUCUUGCGCCACAACCUCAACCCGAACAACAACCCCAACAAGAAGAGCGCAUCCAUGGAUCUUUCACGCGCUCCUUCAGGUUCCCUACUCGUAUCGAUGUAGCAAACGUGAGCGCGAGUUUCAAGGACGGAGUCUUGAGGGUGCAGGUACCCAGGAUGCAAGCACCAACUGUUAGGAGGAUUGCUAUCCUAUAGAAAACAUGGGGCUAUGAAGCGUUUUCAUCAUGGGUAUGUUUGCAUCGGAAACAAGGGAAAGUAUAUGCAUGGAGUUGAGGUUUCAAUGUUGUACAAUGGUUGGAAAUUUUAAUACUGGGUUUUUCAACCACUAUGAUAGUUGAAGGAAUUUAAAUGGUCAUUUUUGC